AUUGCUUUUUCAGGGUUGGUUUGAAAUGCUUUUCGAAAACCAAAAUCUAGAUAGCCGGGAACAGUAAUAAUGUAGUAGACCAUAAAUCACAACGACAAUUCGCAGACUCUACAUGACACUGACAAUGUCAAAAACCUUAAAUGCAGCUGCAUCUACCUCCUCCUUUCGCCCUUGGGUUUCAAGCACCGCUGUCAAGCUUGAUUUGGUGGGUCAUUAAUUGCAAAUGCAACUUUAUUAGCCGAGGGGAACAAUGGAAGAGGGCGUAACUUGGAAGGAUGGUUGGUCCGGCGAGGCCUCUUUUUGUUCUGUUCGGAUCGUCCAUUGUCCAGUUUAGCUUUGCCAAUGAGGGCUGGGGAGCUGCUCUUGCUGAUAUCUACUCACGCAAGGCAGAUAUUCUGGUUCGAGGAUACUCUGGAUGGAACUCUCGGCGGGCACUACAAGUUAUAAAUCAAGUAUUUCCAAAGGAUGCAAUUCAGCAGCCCUCAUUAAUCAUUGUAUAUUUUGGUGGAAAUGAUUCUAUGGGUCCUCACCCCUCAGGAUUAGGUCCUCAUGUACCACUUCCUGAAUACAUUGAGAACAUCAAGAGAAUGGCAACCUAUCUCCAGGACCUCUCAGAAUCGACACGCUUGAUUUUUUUAAGUUGCCCACCUGUUAAUGAAGAUAUGAUUAGUGGUACUUCAAGUGGCAUUUUUUGUCCAUUAGUACGAACAAAUGAAUUGUGUCAUCAGUAUUCUGAAGCCUGUGUGCAAGUCUGCAAAGAGAUGGAUAUCAAGGUUAUAGAUCUCUGGUCAGCCAUACAAAUAAGGCCAGAUUGGCGUACUGCUUGCUUCACAGAUGGUAUUCAUUUAUCUUCGGAGGGUAGCAUUAUUGUAGUCGAGGAAAUUUUGAAAGUUCUCAAGGAAGCAGAUUGGGAGCCUUCUUUGCACUGGAAGAAUAUGCCAACGGAAUUUAGUGAAUCUUCACCUUUUGAUUUAGUAUCAUCCGAAAUGAAGAGCACUGUCAAUAUUUCCGAGUUUACUUUUCACAGAGAAAAGCAGUGGAAUUAAGUUUUCGUUUCAUAUUCUAGUUUCAUCUCGCUCAGGGAAUUUAUAACAUGCAUUCACUUUUAUUAUAACUGUUAAGCUUCCUUUGUAUAAGCAAUAUAAGCGUAUCAAUGAGGUUAUGUGUUUAUCAAUUACAUCUUCAUAUGCAGAGAAUCAUAUUAUUGGAAGGAGUUAGUGAAGGGUAGAUAAUCAUCUGCCCAUCUAAUAUAUAUGUUCAUUAUUUUUUUUUGUUUUAAA